CAAACAAUUUAACAAUAUUGUGUGUUCAAUGUUGGUGUAGACCUGCAUUGAUUAAUACCGUGUUUAUAUAUUUCGACCCAAAACGUGGGUUCAUGAAUGCCUCAUAAUUCAAUGAUACGCUUUUAAUAGUCAGCCUUUACUGCGCAUGCGUCCAGAUGGCCUCGUUAUGGCGGUGUGGGUUCAAACCGUAUCCCUGACAACCUCUUCUUUCCCUCCCCAAAUUUGCUCCACUUUGAUGGACACACCUUCUUUAGUUAGAAACACCCCUUCCUAUCCUCCUCCUCCUCCUCACUUUGACACUUUCCACUCCACGGAGGAGCAGAUUCGACAGUGGGAACCACAACUUUUAGGGUGUCAAACUAGCUAGGUAACUACUUAGCAUAUUAAGAUAUUCUACUUCCGUUUUUUUCUUCUUCGGUGUUGGAGGACUUUGUUGGACGUCUGUUUUCAUUAAAACUCACUGUUCCUGACACCUGUUGUUCGGACCAAGCUAGCUUUGGUGUCGUUAGCUAUUGCAAAGUGGACUUUUAAUAGUUUUUUUCCUCAUUGGACGCUUGUUUAAGUGUCUUUUUUUUCAUAAAUGGACUUUGUGUGACCCAAGAAAAGGGACUUUUAAGGUGAAGUCAUCGCGACUGUCAAAAUAAAAGCACAACUAAGUGGAGUUGUUGGACAUUUCUCAGCCGCACUUUUCGGACUCUUUUUGGGAACACCUUAGCAGACGAAGUGGCAUCAAGCUGAUAAGCUCACCGCUUCCCCCGGAGUUUCACACGCCGGCUGUGCUGCACCGAAUUGCCGGCGCACCAUGGACACCAUCCCCGUGUGGAGACGCCGUAGCGGCGAGGUUCGGCACUUGCUACUGCUGCUGGUUGCCCUCCUCACCGGAACCUCGCAGUUAUUAAUGGUGGACGCCAACUCGUGGUGGUCCAUGGCGCUGACCCCCAUCCAGAGGCCAGAGAUGUACAUCAUCGGAGCUCAACCUCUGUGCAGUCAGCUGUCCGGUCUCUCCCAGGGUCAGAGGAAACUCUGCCAGCUCUACCAGGACCACAUGAUGUACAUCGGGGACGGGGCCAAGACCGGUAUUAAAGAGUGCCAGUACCAGUUCAGACAGAGGAGGUGGAACUGCAGCACGGUGGACAACACGUCCGUCUUUGGACGCGUCAUGCAAAUCGGCUCCAGAGAAACCGCCUUCACCUAUGCCAUCAGCGCCGCCGGCGUAGUCAACGCCAUCAGCCGUGCGUGCCGCGAGGGCGAGCUGUCCACGUGCGGCUGCAGCCGGGCGGCGCGGCCCCGCGACCUGCCUCGCGAUUGGCUGUGGGGCGGCUGCGGCGACAACGUUCACUACGGCUACCGCUUCGCCCGCGAGUUUGUGGACGCUCGGGAGAGGGAGAAGAACUAUCCCCGUGGCUCAACCGAGCAUUCGCGAACUCUCAUGAACCUGCAGAACAACGAGGCGGGACGACAGGCGGUGUACAACCUUGCAAACUUGGCCUGCAAGUGUCAUGGCGUCUCCGGUUCUUGUAGCCUGAAGACCUGUUGGCUCCAGCUGGCCGACUUCCGACGCGUUGGCGAAUACCUGAAGGAGAAGUACGACAGUGCCGCGGCCAUGCGCAUCGGACGCAAGGGUAAACUGGAACAGGUGGACAAGCGUUUCAACCCCCCGACCCCGGAGGACCUGGUCUAUAUCGACCCCAGCCCGGACUACUGCCUCCAUAACGAGACGACGGGCUCGCUGGGCACCCAGGGCCGCCUGUGCAACAAGACGUCGGAGGGCAUGGACGGCUGUGAGCUGAUGUGCUGCGGCCGAGGCUACGACCAGUUCAAGACGUACAAGCACGAGCGCUGCCACUGCAAGUUCCACUGGUGCUGCUACGUCAAAUGCAAGCGCUGCACCUCGCUAGUCGACCAGUUUGUCUGCAAAUAACAAUCUUCUCUUUAUUCAUAUCAAGUACCAACACGAUUAAUCAUUUCCUGCCUAUAAGUAUCAUCACUUCCUGCUUUCCUCAUCCAAACCCACAUUGGGUUAGCAGAUGGAGACUAAGGACACAUGUGACUCAUAAAAUAUAUAACUAAAUAAUAAAUUGAUUAUUAUUUAAGAGACUCUUUCUCACACAUACACACACAGCGUCAUUAUCUUCUUUGAGGAAACCGCUUGAGUCACCAGAGACUUGUGACCUUUCACCUUUGAAGGUUGUGGCCUGCGGGAUGUGCUGAUGAUGCACAAUAUUGGAAGACCUCAUCAGCAGGUGGGGAGUCACCACAAGGACCCCCCCACCCUUGUCUAGAAGAGGAAGAAAAAGGCCAUUUAGGCAUAGAAAUACUAUUAAUGUCACCAUUUACAAGCACGAGUCUGGUGCGGGUUAACGACGCUCGCCUCAAUGCGGCCGUUUUGCCGCCGCUUGCCGGGUGACCUUCAUGUGACGGCAACGAAAUUCUCCAUUAGCGGGAUUAAUGAAGCUUGCCGCGUUGUUACGCAACAACAAGUCCAGCAGCCGUGAUUGGAAAUGAAGUCAAUUAAGCUCCGUGAUGAAGAUGAAAAGAAUUAGCAUAUAUUCCAAUCCAAUUGACAUCUGACUGUGUAUAAAAAAAAAAUGUGUGUGUGAUGGACUGCAAUUUAUUAUGAGCUACUUUAAAGAGAAAAGUAUAUAUUUUAUUACUGUGUAUUUUCUGUUUUCUAUGUUUUCUAUUCUUUUGAUAAA